AGUUUGACAGCAAAUACUGUGCCCUAGGAGUCAUACAUUGAAACAUUGAUGAUGCACGUCUCCAAUUCAGACAAAUAAGAGGAUAUAAAAUGUCUAGCUUUCCGCUAAAUAGACUAUAUUGCGCAAGCUUAAGGAUUUUUUUUUCCUUAGUCCUUAAACAUCAAUAGAGAAUUCUAGAUAUUCCUGUUUGCUACUUUCUAAUGACUGGAAAGGCCUCCAUUUGACUCUUGCUAAGUGGAAUGGGCAUGCCUGUAUAUUUUAACCAAGUAGAAUAAACUUUAUCUGCUGUAGGGUCCCCUGUCCCUCCCGACCACUAAACUAUAUUAGCAACUCAUAUUAGCCCAUGUAAUUGGUAGGUGAUCGAGAUUAUUUUAGCUCUCAAAAGAAAUACACAAAUAGGGACAACGGGCAGCUAUCAACUGAAAGCACAACUAGAUACACCCUUCAAAGGUCCAUGUGAGCUUGACUCCUAAAAUGCUACCUUAUCUAGGCAAAUUAAAGUCAUGAGAUAAUGUUAAAAGAGGGAAAGUUGGGUUAUUGAUUCUUCAAUUAUUUAGCUUUAUGGGUAUCCUAUUCUCUUCCAUAUCGUAGUGCACUUGCAUAAUAAUUUGGGUCUGACCCCUGCUUUACAUUCUCAUUUCCUGGCUUUGCCUUUUUUCUCUGCCUUUGCCCAUCUCACUUGUCUCUCAUCUCCACAUAGUAUUAGCUUUUUGUUCUAGUUGUACAAAAAAUGAACGAUUGGGCUUCACCGCUCAUAGCUACAGCCCUGUUUGCAUUCCUCCAACCAGGUUUGAUUCUUCAAAUACCGGGAAAGCAACAACCAGUAAGUUUCAUGAACAUGAAGACCAGUGCAGCAUCCAUUCUUUUCCAUGCUGUUAUCUACGGUUUGCUGGUCAUGUUAUUCCUUGUUUUUCUUGAUAUCCAUCUCUACGUCUAAGAGGCUGCAAGAUUAUUUUUUUUUCUGAAGAGAAGCUGCUUAGCUUUCAGUACUACAUCUGAAGGGAGGGGAGGCAAUUUUUAUCUUCCUUAAUUUUGUUGAAUUCAGAUUGCAUUUCUGUUGCAGCUCUGCUUCAGCAUAAAUAAGAGCACAAAUUGAUGCUGUACUAUUCUGCAAGCUUCUUUAGGAAUUUGGGAUUUUUUUUUUCUUGUAGUAAAAUGUUUUUCUCACAAAUUAUCAAGUUUGGUCCUCAUUAAGGAGUAUCCCUGUCUCUGAAAUUAUCAGGGACUAGGGAUUCCACUCAUUUCAGGGUGUAGUAUAAUUUAAACUACCAAUUAUUUUAAUUCAUGUAUUUAUCAAUUUUGGUGUGCAAUUAAAUGAAUUUAUGUC